GUAGAAUUUAUCUACAUCGUGGUAAAAACAAUUAAAAAGUUUCAGCUACGUUUUGUCGAUUGUGAGAAAUACGAGUUUAUCUUUUGAUAUCAUCGAUUUGUGUUUGUUUGAUAAUAUAAUGAAUAAUUCUUGUGCACCUAGUACUUACAACUACCCAUAGAAUAUAGAUAGUACCUACAUCGGCUUACAUCAGCAUUCAGCAGCUUGACUGUCUAGACCAUAUAACAUUCUAAUACAUUUAUACAUGUUCUCGGAGUGUUAAAAAUUGUUAUUAUUGUAUUACAUUAUAUUUUAUAUUGGCAUUUGAAUUUAAGUACUUGAACGGAUACAGUUUGGAUAUGGUAUAAGUUAAAUUCGAGAUUUCCAUAGGUAACCGUUUUUGGAAUUACAUACUACAUUUUAUGUUAACCUCGGUACUCGUUUAUUAGUGUUUGUACUUUAUUAUGUGAAUUAUACAAUUAACUCCAAUAGCCAAAAUGAAUAGUCAAAAUUUUACAUUAGCUGAAAAUCUCAUACCUUCUUCAUAUGUCCAGCAAGCAGCUAGUGCUUUGAGAACAAGAGAAAACUUGGCUAAAACACUAAUGGAACAAAGAAAAUGGCCUGAUAAUGGUUGGGACGAUGCAACAAUCGAAAUGUUUCUAUCAAACUUAGCACUGAUGGACAGUAAUAACUUCAAAGAACAUGCUGGUGUUGGUGAACGAGAAGGACGCAUAGCUUGCAAUUUAGUUGCAAAACGACAUUUUCUUAUGACUCAUGGUAUUGGCAGAUCUGAAAAUAUUGCUGAAGUUCAACCUAAUGCCACAGGAUCUAGUUUAAUGAUAAAAUUAGUCAACGCAAUGCUCUUAGAGUCUAUCCGUUUUAUGGGAGUUGCUAGUGCCACUGGCUGUUUCAUGGUUCCAAUGGCUACUGGAAUGAGUUUGAUGUUAUGUAUGUUAACUUUGAAACAAGAUAGGCCUGGGGCCAAAUUUGUACUAUGGUCCAGAAUAGAUCAAAAAUCAUGUUUCAAGUGCAUCAUUACAGCUGGUCUGCAACCAAUAAUCAUAGACCCUAUACAAUGUGGUGAUGAGUUACAUACAGAUGUACCAGCAAUUGAAGCACAAUUAUCGACACUCGGAUCAGAUAACAUAGUGUGUAUCCUUAGCACAACUAGUUGUUUUGCCCCAAGAGUAUCAGAUUCGCUUGAAAAAGUUGCUUGUCUUUGUCAAAAAUAUAAUGUACCACAUUUAGUCAAUAAUGCAUAUGGUUUACAAUCUACCAGACUGAUGCACUCAAUCCAAGAUGCUUCAAGAAAAGGGAGGAUUGAUGUUUUUGUUCAAAGUACUGAUAAAAACUUUUUAGUUCCUGUUGGAGGUGCUAUUAUUGCUGGGUUUGACAAAACUAUUUUAGAUAAAAUUACUAGAAAUUAUCCAGGAAGAGCAUCUUGUAGUCCUGUUAUGGAUAUCUUCAUAACAUUGCUGUCAUUGGGUACUAAUGGUUAUAAAGAAUUGAUAACACAGCGUAAAGAAGUACACCAACAUUUACGAAAAGAACUCGGAAAAAUUGCAGCUAAAUAUGGAGAACGUUUAUUGGAUAUACAAAAUAAUCCUAUAUCUAUAGCUAUGACAUUGACAUCAUUAAGUGUUCCAAAUGCGAAUGAAACUGAUACAAAAAAAUUGAGUCAGCUAAGCUCCAUGAUGUAUAUGCGCCAUGUUACAGGUUGCAGAGUUAUAUCAUCUGUUGAAGUCAAAGAUGUCUGUGGAUAUAAAUUUGAUGGUUGGGGAGCACACAAAUCCAACUACCCUUGUCCCUACAUUACAGCUGGGGCUUCAAUAGGUGUUAAAAAGUCUGAUAUUGAUUUGUUUGUACAAAAAUUGGAUAAAGUUAUUGCUAGGUUAAGAAAAUCGCCGCCAUCCAAUCUGGAAACUCCAUCAUCAUCUGAAGGUAAUGAUACCACAUCAAUGCGACGAACAGCAACAGUUGCAUCUAGCUAUCGAAGCACAGUAAAUGGAGUUUACUCUACUGGAGAUGGCAGUACAUCAACUUCACGCACAUCUAGUGUUGAUAACUUACGUAAACAUUAAUAGUUAUGUUUACAUUCUAGACAUCAUUUAAACUGCAUAUUAUGUAUGUAUGUUCUAUUUUAGUCAAUUUUUGCUUGUAGAGCAGAAAGGGAUCUCUGGAGCAGUUAUAUUUUAAAAUAUUCAGUAUUGAAUCCUUAACUCUUAGUAGUUGGUUAUUUUAUAUGGUUCAGAUUAUAAAACUAUUAGAUGAUGCCUUUCACCAUGACGUGUUAGGAUUUCUAGAAUAUAUUUUAUCAUAUUAUAUUCAGGUGCCUAUAGACUGAAUGACUCAAUAAUUCCAUUCAUGCAAAUAUAAUGAAAGGAAAAGCUUAAGUUUUAAAUUUAAUUAAGUUAAUAUUUUUUAAAAUCGAAGAAGUCUAGUCAUAGUAUACCAAGGUAAAAAAUAAAUGUUCCUUAUUAUUUGUAUGAGCAAGAAGAAUUUUUUUCUCUUUAAAUAAAUAAGUAUUAUAAUUUCUUAUAAA